AUGUCGAUCAAAGGCUUCUCUGUGCGUCCUGCCUUUGGCUUCCACGAUGAGAUCCAACCCAACCGUGUGUUCUUCAGCUCCCUCAAGCAGGCUGUGGCUCAGAGCUGCAAGUUCUCUGCCCGGAGGUUGGGCUUCAAGAUGAGUGGCGGAGGGGACUCAAAGGGCUUCAGCGUCAAGAAGAAUCAUCGUGCUGCCAUUGCAGACCUCAUGACAGUCAAAGUCUAUGAGGUGGUUGAGCGUGUCCUGUGCCAGCCCCAGGAGUGCAUUCGCACUCAGGAAGUGACGUUGCUGGAUGACCCGCUCGGCUCCUUCGAGGUUAACAAGGAUGUUUGCAGUGGCCUGCGACGGGUCAAUGGUAUGGACUUUUUCCUGUAUCAGGCCACUUUGAAGAUCAGUGCCACCCCGACAUGCGCAGGGGAUGAAGCGCAGCCAGGAGUUUGGAAAUUCUUUCGCUUGACCGCCCCGGCGGACCAUGAUGAACUUGUGCAGAUCCUCGAGAAGAAUCCGUAUGAAAUCAAGGAGGUCUCCAUGGCCACCCUGCCCACUGGUCUGUCCCACGUGGACCGUUCUAUCAGCCCAAUCAUGGACUUCUGGCAGUUGGCGAUGGCUGAAGGAGACAACCAGCAAGCAAAUUUCCGUUCCCUCCAAGUGCUCGUGGAUCUGACGGAGGUGACAAGGAAGAAGACCUUGGCUACCGUGACCCGCGAGGCGGUCCAAGAGAGAAUGCGUGACCACCUCGCUGUCAUCCGGUGCAAGAUUGCGGACCAUAAGGAGGCCAUGGCUGCAUUGCAGCUGGAGGAGAUGAAACUCUGCUCCAUGAUUGAAGAGAACAAGCAGCAGGGGAAGCGGGACGCGCCUGACACGGUGAACGAGGGCGAUAAGAAGGCCAGGAUCGACUGA